UAAGGAAAACAAAUCCCCAAAUCCAAAAUCGAAAUAUAUCCAUUUCAAUUCCUAUCCACUCGCCCCCUUUUUCCCUCUACUCCUCCCCCCUCCGUUCGGUUCUCCGCCAGCGAUGCACACCCUAACGGGUACCCACCUCCUUCUCCCUUUCGGUUCCGGUCACCGCCGUCCCCUUCUCCACCCUUCAAGGAGACUUCCCGCUCGAGUCCGGUGCUCCGCCGGUGACAAGAAGCAGCAGCAGAGGAGAGCUUAUCCGUUCGAUGAGAUAGAGCCCAAGUGGCAGCAGCACUGGGAGGUGAACAAGACGUUUCGGACACCGGAGGAUGUGGACACCUCCAAGCCCAAGUGCUACAUUCUUGAUAUGUUCCCUUAUCCAAGUGGAGCUGGAUUGCAUGUAGGCCAUCCUCUUGGAUAUACCGCCACCGACAUUCUAUCAAGAUUUAAACGAAUGAGGGGCUUCAAUGUUUUGCAUCCAAUGGGAUGGGAUGCAUUUGGUCUCCUGCUAACAAUAUGCUAUCGAGACAGGGACUCAUCCAAAGGUUACAACAGCUCGAAAUAUUGGACGGUUCCGAUCUCAGCUUAAAUCACUAGGCUUCUCGUAUGAUUGGGAUCGUGAAAUAUCGACCACUGAACCACACUAUUAUAAGUGGACACAGUGGAUAUUUCUUCAGCUACUGAAGAAAGGACUUGCAUACCAGGUUGGUUGUUCUUAAUUCUAAUAAUCAGGCUGAAGUGCCUGUUAAUUGGUGCCCUGCUCUUAGUACUGUUUUGGCUAAUGAGGAGGUAGUGAAUGGUGUUAGCGAACGCGGGGGUCAUCCUGUUAUAAGAAAGCCAAUGCGUCAGUGGAUGUUAAAGAUAACCGCUUAUGCUGAUCGUCUUCUUGGAGAUUUGGACGGUCUUGACUGGCCAGAAAGUAUUAAAGAAAUGCAACGAAACUGGAUUGGCCGGUCUGAAGGUGCUGAACUUGAGUUUGCUGUAGUUGAUUUGCUCGGACAUGAAGAAGGCGUAAAGCUCUCUGUUUACACAACCAGACCAGACACUAUCUUUGGUGCAACAUAUCUUGUUGUGGCUCCUGAGCAUUACUUGCUGUCAUCAAUUGUAUCCGAUGGCCAACAGAAGGAAGUAGAGGAAUAUAGAGAAGUUGCAGCAAGAAAAAGUGAGCUUGAGAGAACUGAUCUUCAAAAAGAAAAAACUGGAGUAUUUAGUGGUUCCUAUGCUAAGAAUCCAGCUACUGGAGAGGUCAUUCCAAUAUGGGUAGCAGAUUAUGUUUUAGGAAGUUAUGGAACUGGAGCAAUUAUGUCUGUACCUGCACAUGAUUCUCGUGACCACGAGUUUGCCCUAAAAUAUGACAUCCCGAUUAUGAGAGUCGUGAAGCCAUUUGAUGAAAAUUAUGACGAAGGUGAGCCAUUUUUAGGCGAUGGUACCGUGAUAAAUUCAUCUAGUUCACUGACUGGAUUGGAUAUCAAUGGAUUGUCUUGUAAAGAAGCUGCCUCUAAAGUCAUAGAUUGGCUUGAUAGUACUGGCCAAGGAAAGAAAAUGGUGAACUACAAGUUGAGAGAUUGGCUUUUUGCUAGACAACGCUACUGGGGAGAACCCUUUCCAGUAAUUUACUUAGAUGAAACUGGUGAAACUGUGCCUCUCCCUGAAAGUGAGCUACCCCUUUCUCUGCCUGAAUUGGAUGAUUUCUCUCCUACUGGAACAGGAGAACCCCCUUUGGCCAAAGCAGUGUCCUGGGUAAGAACAAUCGAUCCUGUGACUGGAAAACCAGCAAGAAGAGAAACAAGUACUAUGCCACAAUGGGCUGGAUCUUGUUGGUACUAUUUGAGAUUUAUGGACCCUAAAAAUGGCACUGAAUUAGUAAGCAAGGCUAAAGAACGAUAUUGGGGUCCUGUGGACAUUUAUAUUGGUGGAGCAGAACAUUCCGUCUUGCAUUUGCUUUAUGCAAGGUUUUGGCACAAGGUACUCUAUGAUAUAGGUGUUGUUUCUAGCAAGGAGCCUUUCCAGUGUCUUAUAAAUCAAGGUUUAAUAUUGGGAGAGAUGGAGUACACAGCUUGCAGAGACCAAGAAGGUAGACUAAUUUCUGCAGACUCUGUAAGCGAUCCUGGCGAGUAUCGUCAAGAAAAGAUACCUGUUGAAAAUGUUACAAAAGUUGGUGAGUUUCAUGUGCUGAAAGAUAAUCCAAGCAUUCGUUUGACUGCUCGAGCCUACAAAAUGAGUAAAAGUAGAGGGAAUGUCAUCAAUCCUGAUGAUGUUGUUUCUGAAUAUGGCGCAGAUUCUCUUCGUUUGUAUGAAAUGUUUAUGGGUCCAUUAAGAGAUUCAAAAACAUGGAGUACGGGAGGAAUUGAGGGAGUACACAGGUUUCUAAGCAGGACUUGGAGACUAAUUGUUGGUUCUCCUUUACCAGAUGGAUCAUAUAGAGAUGGAACAGUUGUCACCAAUGAUGAGCCUACUUUUGAACAGCUCCGUGCUCUCCAUAGAUGCAUAGAGAAGGUGACAGAAGAAAUUCAGGAAACAAGGUUCAAUACAGGAAUUUCAGCAAUGAUGGAGUUUAUUAACGCAGCAUACAAGUGGAAGAAGCAUCCAAAAUCAAUCAUGGAGGAAUUUGUAUUGCUACUCUCCCCUUAUGCUCCUCACAUGGCAGAGGAGCUUUGGUUUCGACUGGGACAUUCGAGUUCAUUGGCAUAUGAAAACUUUCCAGAGGCAAAAAGCGAGUACUUGAAAGAUUCAAACAUAGUAUUGCCUGUUCAGAUCAACGGUAAGACAAGAGGGACGGUUUUGGUUGAUGAAGCUUCUUCUGAGGAUGAUGCUUUCGAAUUAGCUUCUCAAGAUGAAAAACUCUCCAAGUAUUUGAUUGGAAAAACAAUACGAAAAAGAAUUUAUGUCCCCGGGAGGAUCUUGAAUGUGAUCUUAGAUCAGCAGAAGGUGCGAACAUGA